UCCGGGUGAUUGUUUAUACAAACAUCCGCCUCAUUGUGUGUACACAGCAAGACAAACCGAGGCAUGAGACUGCUGCGGCUGCUCGUUUUUAUCACGUUUGUGUACCACGUUGAUGGUCAGUGUUUGAAUGGGACGUAUGGCCCUCCAUCGUGUUCCAAACGCUGCGGGUUCUGUCGAAAUGCUGACCCCUGUGAUAAGAUGACAGGGGCAUGCGAGGGCUGUGCUGCAGGGUACCAGGGCAUUCUGUGUCAGUCAGGGUGUUCGAUGGGUUUUUAUGGUGAAAACUGUCGUUUGCGCUGUGACACAUGUGUUUACAACUCGUGUGACGCGGUGAAUGGCACCUGCAAAAAUACGACAUCCCAACCGACAGAAAGUACAUCACCCGUCUCCAUAUUCUCCACAGAAGCGACCCAACCGCCCACUACUACUCAAAAAAAAGGACUCGUUUUCGACAGUCCGGCUGUGCUCCUUGGAUUAUCCGUCCCCAUGUUGGCUUUGGUUGGAGCAGGGACAGUUAUAUUUUUCCUUAUCAUCGCUAUAAUAUGCCAUACCUUAAUCAACAAAUGUUGUCCCAGGAAGUCGCAAGUUGAACCAACAUACACGGCGAAAAGAAAGCGAUCCGAAAGAAGUAUGUCAUUUGUUUACAAGAAAUGGUCAUCCAAACCCACAUAGCAGACAUAAUGACGUCAUCUGAAGACUGGAUUUUCAUCAUCACGUGAUCACAUCAACACUCUGUAUUUAGCUCUAUUUUAAAAUUCAAUAUGAAACAGAGAGCUAUUAUUUGGAUUGAAAAAACGCAGUGCCUCAUCAGCAUCAGUGUUAUUACAUUUUUUUUCUUUGAAAUUCGAACAUUGCUGUUUGGUCUCUCGAGAUAGUUAGCACAGGAUGAACAGAAGGUGUAUUGAGAAGUCCUUUUCAGUACAUCUGAAGUAUUAUAACAAUAUGGACAUUUUAUAGAAACACGUUGGCUACAGAUGGAAACACAUAUUUGAUGAGAUAUUUCACCACAUGUAUUUCAUGUUAUUGUUUCAUACAACGAGAAACAGAAGGAGAAAAAUCAACAACUGUGCCUCAGUUACUAUCAGUACUUUGAUUCGUAAGGGGCAUUUUUACACUACUCAGAAUUGUUUUGGACAAUCAGAACAAACUUUUUAUUCAAGGAAUGUAUGGGUAGCUCAAAUGCAAUAUUCGUAUCUAAGGUAACACACUCCUCGCUUUUGCCAAUAAGAAUUUCUAAACUAUUAAAUGAUGACGUAUGAACAGUGAGCAAUAAUCUGAGAUGAAAUUUUUAUGUACAAAACAAAAGCAUAGAAAAAAGCCGAAAAUAUCUUUAUAAUUAUAACUCAAAGCACAAAAAGUGUAUAUUCUAUCUGUCUUUUAUAAAAUUUCAUCCCUGUCAAACACUCCCUGUGCUUUACCAAUUUUACAAAUAUAAACAUACCAUUUUUCAUUUCUUGAUAUCCAUUAAAGCAAAAGUAACUAUCAUUCUACCUAUCAUAUAAAAACUGCAUAGUACAUUUGUUAGAACUUAAGUCACAGCGAGAAACUGAGUGAAGGAAUUUACUGCCUGUCUUAUAAAAUACAAGUUCCGUGAAUGUGUGAGGUGUAAUGAUUUGUAUGUUUGUAAAACAUUACCCCAUUUAUGGGUUUCUUUUGUAAAAUUUAUAAUAAAGGUAAAACAAGAUGUACUCUAA